UCCCUGUGGAAUAAGUGCACUGUUAAAAUUUAAAGUUGAUUAAAAAUGUUAUUUGAAACAACAUGUUCUCUGGUUCACUCUUGGCUUAAGGAAAAUCAUCUUCUAAAAACAGCUAGAGCUUUUGAAGAAGAGCAUGGUAAAAUAAAACCUAUUAUGGGAGUUUCACUUGACAAAAUAACAAAUAUUUAUCAUUUAUUUCAAGAAAUAUUUAAUAGCUAUGAUAUUUCAAAAGCUGAUAUGAGUGCGAAACCCUUUACUAAUACAAAAUCUAAAAAAAAAAAGGAAGAAAGUGAUAAAAAUCCAGUAGAACUGUUGGCAGAAGCUGAGGCAAAAAAACAAAAAAAUCUUAUUCUGCAAGAACAAAAGUUACUACGAUCAAAUACCUUUUAUUGUCCUGAAUUAGAAUCACGGCUGACAUCUCUUUGUAAAGAACUAGGCCAUGAUGUUAUUGAUGAAAACGAUCGUAUAACAGAAAAUUUUAAAGUGUUUAACCAAGAAUCGCAUGAUGAAAAUUUGAAGAAGUCCAAUAGUAAGGUUGAUCUGCUUGAACCAAGAGCCUUAUUUAAGGAUUCACAAGAACAAGACAUUAAAAUUAAGAAUUUAAUUUCUGAUGAUAAAUUGGAGGAAGUUGUUAAAGAAAAGAAGAAGAAAAAAUCUAAGAAAGAUGAUUGUAAUGAAGUAAUAAUAAAUCACAAAGACAAUGAUAUAAAUAAUAAUAGCAGUAAUGAUAUUGACGAUUAUGAAGAUAGAAGAGAGUCAAAGAAAAAGAAAAAAAAGAAAAAGCAUUCUGAAGAUAUAAUAGAUAUUGAAGAACCUUUGCCUGAAGUUACUCACAAAAAGAAAAAGAAAAGGAAGACAGUAGAAGAAGAAGAGCCUGUGUAUGAGGUUGAAGAGGAAUCCUCUAAUAAAGAAAAAAAGAAAAAGAAAAAGAAGAAAAGACACUCCGAAGACUAAUAGUCUUUAUAAUUAUAGCUCUUUUAUAUAAUUUUUAAUCAUACUCUGUAACAACAUUUAACAGUCAUUAUUAUAUGUUUUUUUUUUUGUUUGUUUGUUUGUUUUGUUAGAAUAUUAGUAUUUAUAUAUCCAUUUA